UAUGACGUCAUGCUACCGUGGUUACGGUAGAGCGUCUGUCUGUUUGACGCAGCUAAGCUAACCACUAAACUCGGUAACCGGUGGUUCCUCGGUGCCUUCCCCACGUUUCCUACGGUUAGGAGACCACACAGAUGUUUAAUCUGUUAAUGAAAAAUGUUUGGUCCGAUAACGAACUUUAACUGCUUACUAAAACGGACAGAAAAGGUUUUAAAUGCAGCAUCGUGUCACCAUUUCCACCAGGUGUUACAAGUAAAUCUGUGACCCGUGAAAAAUACGCACAGGAUCAGAAACAAGGUAAAGAAAGCGUCUAAGCAUUAAUCUGCUGUGAAACCAGAUGGAAUAUUCACCCACAAUCUUCGGUUUGUUGGUCCACUGAAUUAGUUCUGGUCCUCCUCAUCUGCUCUGUUAACCAGGGUAGGUUCUGAUGUGAGUCUGACUGUUUUUAUGUUCUCCUGAACCUUCUUUCCUGAUCCAACCUUCUCCACAACAAGCUGGUCAUGGAGCAGCAGGAGGAGGAAGAGGGGGAGGCUCUGAUAUCAGAGCUGAAGAGGCAGAUGGACAACGAAGAUCUGGACCCAGAACAGAAGAUCAUGUUGCUGAACAACGGUUUGAACAAGGUUCUGAACUCUGCAGCUUUCCAGAAAAACAGCGGCUUGUUGACCCGGAUGAAGGCCCAGCUGUACCACAGUGGCAUCCUGAGACUCGGUGUCCGUCUCCUGUCUCAGCAUCCCAGCAGGCCGCAGGGCAACUGGAGCGCCACCGCCACACUUGCUCACCUGAUCAGCUCCUGCUGUGUGGGGGCGGAGCCUGGCAGGCAUUCUGAGACUUUUCUUACACUGUUCCUUCCAUCAGUCAUGGAUGGCCUGCUGUCAUUGGCCAAUCAGCUGAAGAGUCAGGUGGAGGGCUUGUCUCUUUUCAGGAAGGUCAUGGACUCAGUCGGUUGGCUGCUCUCCGCUCACACACACCUCACAGUUCAGGUCUUUAGCUCCACCCAAUAUGAGCAGAUCCAGCUGUGUGAUGACAUCACGGUGUCUUUGCUCUGCAUUCAGAUGUGGAUUCAAACUUGCACAGUGAGCAGCAAAUUCCUGUCUGAUCUGAGUGAUGAUGCCAUCCUCCUGCUGCUCGAAGAGGCCGUCUGCCAACUAGCUCACAGCUCAGAUGCUGCGGUGGGUGGAGCCUCCAUCAGACUCAUCCUUCUAAUGGCCAGAGGGUUGGAGCUCCGCCUCCCGUCCCUCAAGCUGAACUUUAAAGGUCUGGACAGACUACUGGAGAAAGAUUGGAGGGGGCGGGGCUUUGACCAGGAUGUUGAUCAGCUGGUAGCAAUCAUCCAAUCAGAAAAGCCUGUGACUAACCAGUUGGAGGAGAGCACUGAGCGUGUGCGAGCCGCGAGUGUGAUCCAGGCAACCUGGAGGUCAUAUCAGACCCGACGCAGAGUGAAGAACCUCAACAGAGCUGUGAGCAUGCUGCAGAGGAGAUACAGGUCUCGAAAGAGGCAUGAGCAGGAGCAGCAGGAGGCGCAGCGGCAGAAGGAGGAACUUAAGUAUCAGGUGUGUGUGAGGCGACAACAGGCCAGGAGGAGCUUCCACCAGAGACAGUUACAACUGCUGCAGCUGCUGCCUCCUGAGCAGGUGCAGCCAUACCUGGAAGAGUGUAAGCGUCGAGCCGCCAUUGUGAUCCAGAGCUUCUGGAGAGGCUUCAGGGAGAGGAGACGCUACAAGAACACACUGAGACACGCUCUGAGGCAGAAAGACAUACAAGAGCAGGCUGCUAGGACGCUGCAGAGAGCUGUGCGAUGUUUUUUAGGAAAACGUGCACCAGCAAAGGUCCCAUUCCUUGUCCCUCUCUGGAUUGGUCAGGAAGGUUUGACAGACAGCCGGAGGGCGGAGCUACAGCAGCAGGUGGACAAUUACAUUUCUGUUCACCGGUCAUCUCGUGUGUCUCCUGAGGAGUGUGUUUCCCUCCAUCAGGAGGUGCAGCUGCUCCUGCAGGCGGAGCUGCAAAGAGGAGAUUAUUACAGAAGAGAGGAGCAGCGGGUGGCAGCUGUACUGGCGUGUACGCACACACAGUUGGAGCUGCUCCGAGAUGCCCCGCCCCUUUCUGUUGUCACGGAGAUGCAGGCUAACUCCUUUCUGAGCCCGUCAGCUUCCAUUGCCGCUCGAGCGCGCGACGCCCACAACGCAGUGCUGCAGGCGAGCCGGCUGCCCUGGUGGAGGAUGCUGGGAGAGCUGGAUUCUGGUGUAGGGUCUGGCCACGCCCACCUGCAGGAGCUAGAGGCGGAGCUUGGAGGAUUGUUUAUAGGAGGACCAGCAAAGGACAGUAAACUCUCUGAGGUGGACUGAGUCCAGCUUUAACCUGAAACCUGAUCUGAAGGGACUGAAAUCAAAACCAGAACUUUUUUUAUAAAGCUCCACCUUUACCAACAGGGGCAUUCACCAAAUCUGUCUCAAGGGACCCAGAUGGACCAGAACUGAAAAAUCAGAGAGUGCCUCAUUCAUUUAUAAGUAUACAAACAAGGUACUGUACCUGUCAAUCCACACUCAGGGUGAAAUAACACAGUCCACAAGAAUGGAUCACAUUCUGACAAUAAAAGGU